AUGUCACGUUCAAAGGGGUCUGCAACUGAGUUGCUCCAGGCGAUCGUGGAUGACGUCGGUGACGCGGAUGACUUGAAAGGAGUCACGGCCUCACUCCGCAGCGCGGUUCGUGACUUGCUUGUAAGCGUCAGUCUUACCACUUCGCCCAUGUAUCAUAUCUAACGUGCACUGACUCGUUCAUAAUCUUUUUGGACUCGAACGUGUAUCACCACAGCGCCAUAACGCGUCCUCCCUGCCCCAGGCAGCAGCCUUCUUCUCCUCGCCCGAAGGUGCGAUCGUGCUCCUUGUCGCACGACCCGCUUCCACUCUCCGGUUCUUCGCCGCUCUACUCAAUCAUACCAAUACUCAGAUCUGGAAAUGUCUAGAUCCCAAUGGAGUACACGGUCGUCGAUUCGUGGAAGACAAGGUGGCACUAGGUCAGGCUUGGGAUCUGGUGAUGGAGUCGAUUCUGCUGGGCCUGAAAGCCUUUCUGGAUCCGACCGAAGCAAGGGCAAAACCUCUCACGGCACGUGGUACGUUUGAACUUUUCAGUCAAACUGACGCCGUCUGUUGAUGAUGGUGUCAACUGACAGCCGACGCUUUAUCUGUGUUUCUCACUAGACGAAGACCUGCUGGGCAUGAUCUGUUACGCGUCCCUGGCACGACUUCUCACCACAGACCACGUAUUUUCCGCUGUUAAAAGGCGUAUCCUGGACAUCUUUGAAGACUCGACCCACCUUUGCAUGGAGAACAAAAACCGCCUCAUUCGACCGGAGCUCCUAGGACCGAAGCGUCUAGCGGGCUUGAUCAGUGUCGCCGAGGGUAAGUGUUGUCUCUCCAGGUUUUCGACCCCGUCGAGCUGAGACUCAUUGGAUCGUAUCCAGAUCAUGGAGUAACUUCAAGAGCCCUAGAGUUGGCCUUUCGGCUGCGCAGUCAUCUCGCCCGAGCUCCCUCCUCGGCUGGGGUCUCCACCUCGAGUUGGGAAGCGGCGCUCUUCCCCUCCGGCGUGUUCGGACCCGAGGAGUCGCAAAAGCUGCGCGGGAUGUUUCACCGACUAAAAGCGAGGGAGUGGGACGAGGUAAGUACGAGAGUCUCCAGAUUAUGGUGUGUUGGACUUGUUGACUUGACUGACGAUAUCGCCGCCCAAUCAGGGGUCUCUGAGCCUGCUGCAGGAACUGAGCGCACUUGCUUCCAACAAGUGAGUUCUUCGAAUAUUUGUGAUGUGAUGUACUCAAUGUAUACCUAUACCACCCCAUCCUGUUCCCCAGCUUCAAACUCGUCUUUGCAGUCACAUUUCACGUCAACGGUCGCGCCUUCCUCUGCACCGACGUGGAGAAGCCCACCGAAGACUAUCAAGAUUUCGUGGGGUUCAAUCGAAGAUCCAUCAGCGCCAAUGUGUUGAGCUACCUUGCAGACGACGAUGGGGCACAACGAACUAUCGAAGCACCUCUUUCUGGCAUCAAGAGUGUCGAGCUGUUUGACUUUUCAGAAGGUGAGCCAAGUUUUGCACAGAUAUCGAGGAGAAGCUGACAGGGCACCCAGAAAAUUUGAACAGAUUACAUGACUUGCAGGAUCAUACUGUCUCACUCACCGACGUUGGAGUCAACGCCACUCGAGCUCCCCCACAAUGAGGCUGACCCAAGUCUUGUGCUGGGCAUUCGCCUUUCGGACGCACAGCGCCUGCAGCAAGUUCUGAUGAUGAGAAAGACAGUGGGUCUAGACUCAAUCAUUCUCCAUGUGUGAUCUUCAUCUCGAACUGAGAGUUUCACUUGAUCCUUCUCAAAAGCCGUACAAUACUCGGGCCGCUGAGCAGGCCGACGUCAUGGAGCUUGAUACGGCGCAUGCAAAACGCCGAAAGGCGGCGGAGGAACCACCUCGUACGGAUGAACCGUCCCUCCAUCCCAUCAAAUACAGUGCUUCAUCUCUGCGUGGACAGUCCGGUAUCCCCACUUCCUCGCCUGAUCUUUACACCCCACAACGGAACAGGGCUGGGCCGAAGCGUGUGCCACGCAAGGCAAGUGAGUUGGGAGCAGGUACGAAAGCAAAUCGUCAAACAGUCGGUAAAGCGGCAGAUUCGGACACUUCUUCGGAUCUACCCAUGGUGGCACGGCCAAAGACACCCUCACCUUGGCGAGACGUCGCACCGCCCAAACAGACUCGCCAUUCGCAGCCACCACAGCCUGCUCCGAAACGCAAAUCAUCGUCUCGUCAAAAGAUGCCGUGGGAUGAUGACACGCCUGGGGAGAAGACGAGGAAUGCUCCGCCAGAGCACAGGAACGAGUCCGCCCUUUCCGCACACGAAGACUGGGACAUGGGUGGGAUUGAGCCCAAUUUUGAUCCUGGUCCUCGCCUGGAACGUCAAGGAACGGAAGUGGAAGAUGAUCGAGAGGUAUUCCAGGAGGUUACAUCUCACGGCGCGUUGAAAGUGGACCAGCCCGCACCAAGGUGGACGGAUCAAAGCAGGGAAGAGGCUCCAUCACUCGAAGAGAAGGAGCUCAUCAGGCACGCACAGUCUCCCAUUGCCAUCAACGAGCCUGUCCACAAUAUUGUACGUUCCAUACUGAUCUGAUCUGAACCAAAGAAAGGUGAAGUCAACACUGAUUUCGAUCCCUUUCUAGCCGUUCAAGAAGAACUUACGGAUGCCCCCCUCGCUAUUGACGAGCUCGAAGGCACCUUCGCCCACAAGAGUUCCAAGACCGGACCCAAUCGCAGCGAGCCCACUCGACGGCCCUGGUCGAUCGCCAUUGGCCCCGCUUGCUUUCGCUUUUAGACACCAUAAUUCCGCCAGCUUAACUUCUGGGAUCAAGGCACACUCAAAGAUCCAAACACGAGGUCGUACCCCGGCGGGAUUCGGACAGACUCCUCCAGCCAAACGAGCUCGCCUGGAAACAGGGUCAGCGCCGAGGGAACAUCCCGAAGCCAUGCAGCGGGAUGAACAACAAAGCGAAGACGUUUUGGUCGACCUUGCCAGGGUAAUUACCGCACGCUGAAACGGUACUUCAAACCCAGUCAGGAGCUGAGUUGAGUCGAACUAAUCGUUACUGCACAGAUUGUGCUGCGGAAGCAUCAACUCCGCACGAACGAGCAAACUUCCUCUCUCUCUCGAAGCCGGCCCGCUAUCACAGCUGCUGCACGCCAUGCAGCACGCGAGAUGCAAGAGAUGACGUAAGUUUCGAUGCUAGACGUGAUAAUUUCAGCAUGGUAAGCAAGAAAAUUGACACUUUGCGGGCCCGCAGAGUGUCGAUUGCGAGUGCAGCCCAUCAGCUGUCCAGGGGAAGCGCACACAGAUUCCGUGACUUUGACUCUCAGACUCGAUCGAUUCGAAGCAAGGCGUUGAGAGCGGUGGAGAUGAUCAAGAAGAGGGCCUGA